AGCGAAUCAAAUUCCACCACAAGGCAUUUAUAUGAAUUCAGUGCUUUUCCUCUCGUUUAUAUGUUUUAGCCCCACACCAAAGGCGGCCCAAAUUGAACACAAGUCUCACUCUUUCAACUUUCAUCUCUUCAUUCUGCCCCGAAACAACUAGGGAGAAUAACCAGACUUCAAUUCUACACCACACACAAUCCCGGUCGUCUCUUGCGGCAGCCGCCGCCAGCCUCCAGCCCCUACCGGCGUCGCCUAUUUCUUUCUGCCGCCAGGUCAGCCGGCAGCCUUAGCAUUUGAGGUUGCUUAUCUGAUGAAGGGAGGAGAUAGUAUACUGGACACAAUUUUUGAAGAGGAGAGUAUUGAUGAUGCCCAAGAUGUUGAGAUGCAUGAUGUUGAAGAAGGAGAGUUGAUCGAACAGACCACAGAGGCUGAAUUAGGAGAUAGCUGUGGUACUGACAUUGAUAAAAUUAACCAUGACUCUCAUAAUAUGAAUCCAAGAAAUAAGAAGAAGAAGAAAAAGAAGAACAAGCGAAGGCGAUGCAAUUCAGGCCCAAAUGUUACUGACAUUGACAGGUUUGUUUCAGAUGUCUGCAAGCGCUUAAGGGAGAGAAAAUCUUAUCUUGUGUGGACUGCCGUUGGUUGUCUCGGGGUAUCUGCUUUGAGUGAUCUUGUCAAAGAGGUAGAUGCAAUUCAGGCCUGUGGUGGUCAGAAGACUGCUGAUGGCAGACGAUUUCGAAGUGGAGGUGGCAUAUUAUGGAGUAUCAUCAAAAUGCGUGAUCCCAAUGCUUACAAAGAGAUAAUGAAAAAGGGAAGAGAAUUUGAGGCAAAAAUGGUGUAUAUUAAGAGUCAUGCUCGAACAUAAGAGCAUGUUUAAGCUUAAGGAAAGGAUUAACUUUUUCCUCUCUAAACAUGUUUGAUUUGAUUCUACUUUUAGUAAAAAAGAAGGGGUUACUUAUUUUAUUUCGACAGUAAUUCUUAAAAGUAUAGUUCAAAAGAAAGAAAAAAACGAAAGAGAUUGGGUGUUUUAUUCAGGAGGUAAGUUUUGCAUGCUGGAAGGUAAUAUGUUACACAGAUCUUCAUUCCGCUAUUCUUUUGUCAUUUGUUAACGCAUGUUGAUUUUCAUCAAACUUUGGAUUGUGC